GCCGGCGAGCGUGGGAUGCGGCGGGUGCAGGUGGUUUUGGGCCACUUGUCCGGCGGCGGCUCCUGGGCCGCGGCCCCGGCAGCCGCCCCCUGCUCCAGCCGCGAUCCAAGGGCCGAGGAUGUGGUGGUGGUACACGGGCGGCGCACGCCCAUCGCCCGCGCCCGCCGUGGCGGCUUUCAGCACACGACCCCGGACGAACUGCUCUGCGCCGUGAUGACGGCCGUGCUGCGCGACGUGCGCCUGAGCCCCGAGAAGCUGGGGGACAUCUGUGUGGGCAACGUGUUGCAGCCGGGCGCGGGGGCCAGCGUUGCAAGGAUUGCCCAGUUUCUGAGUGGCAUCCCAGAGACUGUACCUGUAUCGUGUGUCAACAGACAGUGUUCCUCUGGGCUCCAAGCUGUGAUCAAUAUAGCUGGCGGCAUCAGAAAUGGGUCCUAUGACAUUGGCUUGGCAUGUGGAAUGGAAACAAUGUCUCUUAGGGGUAUGAAUGAACCUGGUGAUAUUACUUCUCGUGUGGCAGACAACAGUAAAACCAGAGCUUGCCUUAUUCCUAUGGGAAUAACCUCGGAAAAUGUGGCAGAACAGUUUGGAAUCUCCCGAGAGAAGCAAGAUGCCUUUGCCUUGGCUUCCCAACAAAAAGCGGCCAGAGCUCAGCAGAUGGGACUGUUUAAAGCUGAGAUUGUGCCAGUAAGGACUACUGUUACGGAUGACAAGGGCAAUGAGAAAACAAUCACUGUGCACCAAGAUGAAGGGAUCAGGCCUAGCACCACGCUGGAAGCCUUGGCCAAACUGAAGCCUGCCUUCAAGAAGAAUGGUACCACAACAGCAGGUAACUCCAGCCAGAUCAGUGAUGGAGCUGCUGCAAUUCUACUGGCGAAACGCUCCAAAGCAGCAGAGUUAGGCCUUCCAGUUCUAGGGGUGCUGAAAUCCUUUGCAGUGGUUGGAGUGCCGCCGGAGGUCAUGGGCAUAGGGCCUGCCUAUGCCAUCCCAGUAGCUUUGGAGAAGGCUGGUUUGACUGUCAAUGAUAUUGACAUAUAUGAAAUUAAUGAAGCCUUUGCUAGUCAGGCUGUAUACUGUGUUGAGAAACUGGGCAUCCCAAUUGAGAAGGUGAACCCCCUUGGAGGAGCAAUUGCACUGGGACACCCUCUGGGCUGCACUGGAGCUCGUCAAGUUGUCACUCUACUCAAUGAAUUGAAGCGCAGGGGGAAAAGAGCAUACGGUGUGGUGUCCAUGUGCAUUGGAACCGGCAUGGGAGCUGCUGCAGUGUUUGAAUACCCAGGCAACUAAAUUCCAGCGCACACAAAAACAAGGCAGUUCUAAUUCUUCUCUUUCUCCAGUGAUAGUGAAUCAUUUGCACUAAAAACUUAGAACUGGAUCAGGAAUGUACAUAAUAGAAAUACUGAUUUGCAGGCACUAAUUAUCAAAUUGUGGAACUAAUACAGUCAAGGAGUGGGGGUUGCAGAGUGAAAGAGAUGGGCCUGGUGGCUGUUUCCAAGUGAAGCUCUACUCAUGGCAGUGAGCUCAGACAUUCACUUUGAUUUCACAGAUACAGGCACUAGCAUCCUGCUAAUUGUAUUGCUAAUUGUAUAAAAUCACUGGCAUGGAACUAAGGGAUCAGGCUGCAAUUCAGCAAGCUUGAGUUCACAGGGGUCUUUACUUCUCAUUACAGGAAAACUGUCUAGGCUCUUGUAAGUUAAAAUCAAAAUGCUGGUGCAUAUGGGGAAACUUUUUCCAGAUGUUUUUAUACCUAUUUUUAUUGAAAUGAUUAAGUUGUGAAGAACCCGGGGAGGGGGUUGUUUUGCUUGAGCCCAGUGCAAAUUCUGUAUUUAAAAUGGUUAAAUGUGAGUAAUUUACCACCAGCUGGCCCCAUAGCAUCCAAACUGCUGCUCCUCUUUAUUGAGCAUGUGGAUGGUAUGAGUGCCAGACUGGCUUGGGUUCCACCAAAAAAUCAUGGUUUUCUACCUAGCUGUUGUGAAACAACAACUUGGACUGAAUAGGAGAAACUUGAUGGGAGUUUAUCUCCUCACAGUGAGGGGGCCUCUUAUACAUGAAAAUUAUGAGGGGAUGGAGGAGGGAGAGGUUAGGGAAAGGCUUCAGCGGCUGCUAGAAACUAGGAAUUUUAAGCUAGAGACUGAUCAGUCCCAUCCUUUGCUGCAUUUGUUUAAUUGUAGCUUGUUGGGUGGCUUUUAAAAUCAGCUUUUCCCCUGAAUUAACAGUAAAUGUAAACCUGCCUUGUACAUUCCUUGUUUGCUGUUAGCAAUGGCCAAGUAUUGGUAACUCGCACAAUGUUCCAGUACCAGGACAGCCACAUGCCUCUGGCCCUCUAAAACUCUCUCCCUCGUAUACUACCUUUCAAGGGUGGAAAGCCCUCUGUGCUAGUAACCGUUAAAAGAAAGCAGACUUACUGUCUAGGGCAGCCUGCAGGCAGGAUCCAGCCUAAGAAGAGAUGGGAUCCAGGCCGUGACACUUCAGGGGAAUUGGUGGCAUCCUCCAGCUGAAGCAGCAGAGGAGGCAUUGCCAGCAUCUGUUGCCACCAGAGGCUAGUUCCAGGGUCCUGCUGCCUCUCUCAUUGUGUAUUGUCUUCACAACAUCUGAUGGUGUGUGUGGGGAUUGACAGCCCACAGUGAGGGCUGCAUAGCAAGCAGCAGCUUGCAGCAGCAGAUGGUUGCCAACACCAGGUCUAGGGUGUUUAGAAAUGUUUAAAUCAAUGCUAUUUAGAUAAUGUUGUAUUGUUUAAAAAAUGCUCACCAGUAGGCUGAAUUCUUGAUAUUUGUACCUUCCUGCUAAUUAGGAUAAAGUAUUCAAAUAAAAUGGAAGCAGUGUGCUGGAGACCCAGGAAUUAUGAUGGGGUAACUUCAAGGAGAUGCCUAAUUUAUGGGGUUGCAGAAGCUGCAUUUCCCAUCCCUGUAAAAAUUUGACAGUUGCUCUGGGUGAUGUAAAAAUUGUGGGCCUGUGUUUUGACAGAGCAGUGGGGUUCUCACUGCUUGAACAAACCUGUCUUAACUCAGGUGCAAUGCACAGACUUCAAUAUUUUUUUCCUCUUCCUGUCCAUACACUGCUGUGGGGGGAAAAGGGUGGCAGCAAGACUGAAAUAUUGUUGCACUUCAAAGAUCAGCUUGAAGUCUGAAUUUGUGAGGCUGCCAAUAGAUAAAAAUUAAGAGAGAAUUAAAGGCUUCUCCUAGCCUAAGUGGGAAAUCCUAGGUUGCAGGUAAUUAAUAGUCUGUUAAUUUAGGGUGGCAUUUUACAAAGGUGCCCCAGGGAUUUUUGACACCAGACUCCACUGACUUUUAUAUAAGAUAAGGAAAAUGGACUCAG